AGAACGGCAGAAUAUCCUCCACAAAAUAGCUCAGUAUAUAGCAGUCGUUGUGUCACUUGGUAUAGCUAAAUAUUUGUUUUUGUAAUAUUUAGUAUACGAGUUUUAGGUAUGAUCAGUCAUGAAUUAAAAUGCUUUAUUCUGCGAACAAAUAAAUAAACUGGCCCAACUAAAGGACAGCAUGACAAUUAGAUAUUCGAUCGUGUGAUUAGUCAUGUAACGCAAUGCAAAAUAAUAAUAGUUUGACUUUUGCCAAAACUAAAAGAAAAUAAUGUGGCUCAUACACUUAUCCAGCAGCCAACGGAAGGUGCAACCUGAAGCUUCCGUGUAACAGGUUUACUGUUCUUGCUGUUGACAAAAUAAUGUAUCUUAAUUACUCCAGUAAAGUGUCUAAUUGUAAAAUCUGUAAUCUAUAAGAUUAUUUUUAUUGAAUAUAUACUACUCACCAAAUAGACUAGAUAUGUAACUUUAGCGGUUGCACGGCAACACAAUCUAUCACCACGUAUCAUAAAUAUUUAUUUUAAUAUUACUGUUAAUUUCCAGUAAAUCUUAUGUAAAAUGACCUAUACUGAACUGCCAUUGUCCCAAAACGUCGAGUCGAACUUCAGUCGUGUUUGUUUCAUAUCAAUACAUAAUUCUGGUGCAAAAAUAAACGACAGCCACGCGACAAACAAACAUUUCAUGUGUUUUCGUUCACUGUUCACUGUUUCGAAAUAUAAUGCACUCUUUACAGCCCAGUCACAAGGGACUAUUUUCUAAAAACACGGCGCAUAAUAUCAAUAGAUGCGCCUUAGGCGCUUCCUCCACGGGCGCAUGACGUCACCCAUUUGAACCUGACAAGCAUUAUGAACAACCGCUGGAUAAUCGCGAACGUCAAAGCUGGCAUCAAGCGGACCUAGUGAUAAUCUGUGCGCGUGGCCAUAAAACGCCUGCUUCACUUAUUAGGUUCCUGACUGUUAGGUAAGAAAAACAAGAAAAACCACAGUAACUUCAGUUGCACGAUUUCCGGGAAGACGGGGGAGGGGUCGUUCACGCAGCCAAUCAGAAGCGACUUCCUGUUUAAACGUGCCAACUGGGGUCGGGAAGGACCCUGACGUCGACUCGCUAUCCUGGGGCGAAGUACCGCUGCUCUCAGCGCUCAAACUGGCUAAGUUAGUGUUCUCGCUGGAGCCAGGUAAACACAUUCAUGGGAAGCCAAGAGGAGAGAGACUGGGUGGACGUGGCCAAUGAUCUUCUCAGCAAAUGUCACAUCAGCCUGAGGUUGGCGAAGGUGACGGACUGCGGCGCCAGUGUUUUUGUAGCCCUUUAUCAAGCAAUAUUAGGGGAAAAGGUUCCAGACUACAUUGCUGCACCAAGGAGUCAGGAGGAUGACGUUCACAACGUGCAGUCUGUGAUUGACUCUCUGGCUUUGGACUACCUCCAGAUAAGCUUGUCUCACAUCACAGGUGAAAAUGUUGUGAGAGGGGACAAAGAAUCCAUCAAGAAUCUGCUGGAAAUUUUUGAUGGCCUGCUGGAAUAUCUCACCGAGCAAGUAAGCGAAGAGGAAUUAGCAGAUGAAGGUGAGCUGCACCACACGGCCAGCAAGGUGGGGACAUCCACCGAGCAGCAGCUGGAGCGCCUGUCUCAGACGUCAAGCGUGCCGUCUACCACCUAUUCCAGCAAACACUCGGACAGCUCGGAGUCGACGGCCGAGCUCAUCCGCCUGGGAGACUCUGCUCGCACUUUCAUGGCCAGUCAGGAAGAAAGGAUCAAUGGUGUCCAUCAUGCAGACAUUUCCUGGUCCAGGCUGGAGGUGGAAGCACCUCAGGACAGAGUGCAAGAGCUGGCCGGUUUACCUGAAGGGCUGGUCUCCACAGGCGCCUCCUUUCCCAACUCCUCUCUACUGAAGGAGCCCCUGCAUUCGGCCGUCGCCCUGCAGCCCCCUUACCAGACCACCCCUCGCCGACCGGAUCGGCUGGCCCACUCCGGUGCUCUGUCUCCAACCAGCAUGCCCAGCCAGAGAGGGGCCGAGGUGGAGGACGAGGACCAUCCCGCCGUCUCUGCUAAAUGCCAGUCCCCCAGGUCCCAGCCUGACAGCCUUCCUGCUAAUGGGAUUCCCUCUCCCCGACUGUCCCCCGAUCGGAGCGAGGCCUCAAUGUCCAGUCAGAGGAGAGGCAGCGCAGAGGUGGGCGAGGACCUGACUGAGGCCUCCAGGCUCGGGCCUAGGAGAGUACUGUUUCAGACCCAGCCUGCCGUCGUCCCAAUGACGCUGGCUGAUGUAACUGGAAUGAGCGACAGCAAGGCGGGCACCAAGCCACGCCCCUUACCGCCGCGGCAGCAUCCCAAGGGCCGUCCGCGCCGUACUCCCCUCGGCAAAGGGCCCACGGAGGUUCAGGAGGAGCUGGACGAGCCCCUGUCCCAGCGCACGCGGCGCAACCGCGAGGCGGAGCACGAGCUGCACCAGAUGUCCGAGAAGCUGUCGCGGCGUCUGGAGGAGCUCGACUCGAUGCUGAAGAGAGCCCUGGGGGAGUCUCUGGAGACUAGCGGCACCAGGGAGGAGGACAAGCAGUCCCAUCACAGCGACAGCAUCAUGGAGUUCCGAGGGACCCAGAGGCACAGCGGUCAGGAUACAGCACCCACCCCAAAGUCACCCCGCACACGCUCGCUCUCCCCGUCGCCCCCACCGAUGCACCAUUUCCUGGAGGCCCCGCUAGAGGGCACUCUUGCCAAAGACUUACAGCAGUACGGGUCUCAAGUACGACAGCCGGAGCCACAGAGCCAGCGGCUUGGCAAGGUGGUGGGAAAUGCCAAUGAAGAAGAGCGGAAGCAGUUUGAGGAGAGGAAGAGGGCGGAUAUCGAGGAGACCCGGGGACAGGCCCGGGAGGCGCAGGAGAGAGCAUACCGGGAAGCCGUACUGGGAGAGGUGCCCCACCCCCGAAAACCAUCGCGCACGUACAGCCCCAAAGUGACUGCCCAGCACCGGACAGCCAGGGCGUGCCACUCGACCCAUGGCAGAGGGAGAGCGCUUCCUCUGAAAGCUGCCCCCAUGAAGGUGAAGGACAAUGACCUGCUGCCCAUCCUGCUGGAGGAGCUUCCCCAUCUACAGCUCUCCCCACACACCCUUACUCGCAUGUGGAAGCAGCAGAUGAAGCAGGUGGACCGACUGGCCCCCCAGCCGAACCAUCGAAGUCGCAAUAAACAAGCUAGCCAGAUAGAGGAGGCGCAAAGGAGGCAAGACCUGUUGGUGGAGAUCAUCCGCAAAGAGCAGGAACACAACCAGCGGCUGCGCGACUUCAAGGAGCGCAUCCAGCAGCAGAAGUCGGCCCAGAACAAGCUGCGGGAGCAGAGGCUGCAGGUGGCUCGUGCCAGGAAGUACCACAAUGACCACCACGUGCAGUUCCGCGCCCGCCUGAUGAGGGCCCGCUCGCGGGAGGAGAGGAUGUUCAAGCAGAUCUUGGAGGAGGGCCUAGAGCUACAGAAGGCGCAGCUGAGAGAACAGCGUGCUUACGCCAAGGAGCAGAGGCAGGAGCACCAGCGGCGGCACCGAGACGAGCUGGAGUCCAUGGAGAACUAUUACAAGGACCAGUUCUCACUGUUGGCUGAAACUCUCGCACAAGAACGACAUGAGAUCCAGGUGCGAAAGAAGGCCCAAGGAAAGGCUCUGCAGAAGAUGAGGCGAGAGCUGCGAGCCAAGAUGGAGCGCGAGAUCGGCGAGCUACAGAAGAUCAUCAUCCAGAACGACGACGACACCUUCUUCCGGGAGCUCGAGGUGGAGCGACUCCGCGAGCGGCUUCAGAUGACCUCAUUCCAGUACCGGACCGGCCAUCGGACCUGAGGAGCUGGGGCCUGAAUCCCGGCCCACUCACCCCUCUGCUGCUAGAUGCCAUGUGACAACACUUUUUAUGGUUUUGGGACAUUUUUUGUGUACAGUUUGCACUUUUCUGCAGUUUUUGAUAACACUGUUAAGUGACCAGUAAGUGAACUUCUAACUCUAUCCAAAAAAAAUGGAAAAAAAAAAAACUUUUCUGGAUAUAACUUCAUACUUGGUUUUUACAUCACUGUCAUAAGUGACUGUUAAAAUUGCAGAAAGCAAGAUGAUAGGUUUUUUUAAUUAUUUAUUAAAUUGAACUGCUCCAUUGUGCUGUGCAUUUUGAUCAGCAGGGGGUGCUAAUUUUCACUCCAGUAAGCAUCCAGCCUGUCACUCAGUUGAAAGGAUUUAAGGUUGUAAUAUUUAUUUGGUCUGGAUCCUUUGUGAAUAAGGCUCGUUUUUACAUGCUGCACUUUCGAACCUCAUAAAAAUUUAGUGACCACCA